GACAGCAGGAGGAGAAGACGCUCUGCAGAAAGAGAAUGAACAGUUGUGAUCGAGAGGGAGGUCACUGCACUGAGAUGGCGAUGGUGUGUCUCACAGACUUUGAGGAGUAUGCAAAGGAGCACCUUUCAAAGGCCACCUGGGACUAUUACGCUGCCGGAGCGGAUGAGUGCUGCACCCGCGAUGACAACCUUCUGGCUUACAAGAGGAUCCGUCUGCGACCUCGUAUCCUGCGGGACGUGUCAGUGAGUGACACUCGCACCACCGUGCAGGGGAUGGAGAUCAGCUUUCCUGUCGGUGUUGCACCUACAGCCUUUCACUGCCUGGCCUGGCAUGAGGGGGAGGUAGCCACAGCCCGCGCUGCAGAGAGUGUCAACACCUGCUACAUCACCAGCACGUACUCCACCUGCUCCGUGGAGGAGAUCGCAGCGGCAGCGCCCGACGGUUACCGCUGGUUCCAGCUCUACGUGUACCGGGACAGGAAGCUGUCUGAGCAGAUCGUCCAGCGAGUAGAGUCGCUUGGCUACAAGGCAUUGGUGCUGACGGUCGAUGUCCCGUACACAGGGAAGCGCCGCAACGACAUCCGCAACCAGUUCAAGCUGCCGCCACACCUCAAGGUCAAGAACUUUGAAGGCAUGUUCCAGCAGGAAACCAGUGUCCCAGAGGAGUAUGGGAUACCGGCCAACACCUUGGACCCUUCUAUCAGCUGGAAGGACGUCUCCUGGCUGCAGUCCAUCACCCGCCUCCCUGUUAUCAUCAAGGGCAUCCUGACCAAGGAGGACGCUGAGCUGGCAGUGGAGCACGGCGUGCAGGGCGUCAUCGUGUCCAACCACGGAGGGAGGCAGCUGGACGGAGGCCCCGCCUCGAUAGAUGCUCUGUCAGAGAUUGUGGACGCGGUUCAAGGCCGGAUCGAGGUCUACGUGGAUGGAGGGAUCCGGACAGGAAGUGAUGUCCUCAAAGCGCUGGCCUUAGGGGCCAGGUGUGUUUUCAUCGGACGCCCAAUAGUGUGGGGACUUGCAUACAAGGGGGAGGAAGGAGUGAGGGAGGUGCUCCAAAUCUUGAAUGAUGAGUUCCGUCUCUCCAUGACCUUAUCGGGCUGCAGGAACAUCAGUGAAAUCAACAGGAACCUCAUUCAGUUCUCCAGGCUGUAGCCUGCCAGCAGGGGGCAGCACCGAGGAGAGAGACACCUCCACCUCAGCAGGAGCUGCUGACACGUUAUUCUGCACUAAUCACUGAUCAUGGCGAGACUUAAAAAGGGCCAAACAUGGAGAAACGUGUCCUCAGAGCUGGUUUGAGCUCGGCUCUGUAACUCAGACUCCCUCCAGGCUCGGGUGUGUGUGGCUGAUGGGACAUUUAGGUGUUGAUCAAACAGGGUUUGAAGUGGAAUGAAGGGAAACAUGUAUAAUGAUGUUUUUGAUCUUUGAAAGACUGCACUUGAAUUCUGUACUCAAAGAAAUAACUCUUGAGGUGAAGUUUUCUUGUUUGUGAUGACAAAUAAAGGUUUUUAAAAUAUUGAA